ACGCAUCGCGCCAUGAUGGGCAGGGACAGAACGAAUUAGCUGCAUACUGCAGCAACUAAUAAACGAUGGAUCGUCCCAACCUCGCCGUGGCCGUGGUGGGGCUACUGGCGGUGGUGGCGGCGACGCUGCCGGCGCCGUCAUGGCAGUUCUUCGACCUAUUCCUCCCCGCCGGCCCCAGCCACCGCUCCUCCGGCGGAGGGUUUGGCAAGUGGGUGCUGAUGAACCACGAGGAGUACGUCGAGAAGAAGUCGCUGUACGCCAUGAAGGCCGCCGGCGACAUCGGCGGGAAGACCAUCGACGCGAGCCUCUCGGCGGCGGAGGAGGCCAAGGUGACGUGGGUGGUUGACCCCAAGGGGACGCCGGGCGACACCACCUUCACCACCAUCGCGGCGGCGCUCGAGAAGGUCCCCGAGGGGAACACCAAGCGCGUCAUCCUCGACCUCAAGCCCGGCGCCGAGUUCCGGGAGAAGCUCCUCCUCAACAUCACUAAGCCCUACAUCACCUUCAAGUCCGACCCUGCCAACCCGGCGGUGAUCGCCUGGAACGACAUGGCUGCCACCAGGGGCAAGGACGGCAAGCCCGUCGGCACCGUCGGGAGCACCACCGUCGCCGUCGAGUCCGACUACUUCAUGGCCUACGGCGUCGUCUUCAAGAACGACGCGCCGCUGGCCAAGCCGGGUGCCGAGGGUGGCCAGGCGGUGGCGCUCCGCCUGUUCGGCACCAAGGCAGCCAUCUACAACUGCACCAUCGACGGCGGGCAGGACACCCUAUACGAUCACAAGGGACUCCACUACAUCAAGGAUAGCCUCAUCAUGGGCAGCGUCGACUUCAUCUUUGGAUUCGGGAGAUCACUCUACGAGGGCUGCACCAUCGUCUCCGUCACCAAGGAGGUGUCCGUGCUGACGGCGCAGCAGAGGACCAAGACCAUCGAGGGCGCCAUAGAAAGUGGCUUCUCCUUCAAGAACUGCAGCAUCAAAGGACAAGGGCAGAUCUACCUCGGCCGGGCAUGGGGGGAUUCGUCGCGGGUGGUGUACUCCUACACGGACAUGUCCAAGGAGGUGGUGCCGAUAGGGUGGGAUGGCUGGAACAUCGCCAAGCCGGAGAGCAGCGGGAUCUACUACGGCGAGUUCAAGUGCACCGGCCCCGGCUCCGACGCCAAGAAGAGGGUGGGUUGGGCGCUUGACCUCACCGCGGAUCAGGCCAAGCCCUUCAUCGGCACGCACUACAUCUAUGGCGACUCAUGGAUCCUCCCGCCACCAGACGGGAAAUCAGCGGCAUCUACCUCGACGGCGAGUAAAUCAACCGCAUCGGCGAUACCCAGGAACUCAACUGCACCGGCGACGGCAACGGAAAGUAACUCAACUGCACCGGCGACACCCAGCAACUCAACUGCACCGGUGACGGCAAGUAAUUCAACUGCACCGGCGACGGCGAGUAGUUCAAACCCACCUGCCACGAAGAGUUACUCGGGUCCACCGGCGACGCCAAGUGCUUCAAGCACACCGGCAAAGGCGAGUAGAUAAGUGCAGCGGCGGCGCGGUGAGUCACAACUUCAUCUACGGCAAUUGAAGGAUCCUCCCGCCACCAAAGUGAUUCAAAUAUUUCGGAGUAACUAUUACCAAUUUAAUUGGGCCCAAUCAAUUCUGUUUUGGAGGCCCGUUUGUUCUUUGUGUUGUGUUAAUUGGGCCGGAUUGGUCGGCCGGCCACAUAGAUGUGUAACAUUUGUAUUUUUUUCCCAAUUCAUUUUUGGUCUUCUAUCAGUGUACGCACCUUCAAAAUGGUGAAUUUUUACAGAAGUUUUUGAAGAAGA